AUGAAUCUCGACAAACUUCGAAAACGUGUACGACACUACAUUGAUCAGGUAAGAAACGUAGCUAGCUAGACUAGGUCGGGAUAAGAAGCGAGGUAGCUAACGUUAGAUAGCUAGCUAAGUUAGGUUGCCGCUGUCAGAUUGCCAUAAUUUAUUGCACCCGCUAGCUAAGUAAAUGGGCUAGGUACUGUUCAGAAUGACAAGUCUACAGGAACGUUAUCCAGCGGUGUAAGGUUAUAUUUGCGAUAGCAUAAUGUCAAUAGAGCUUGCCAGCUUGUUGUCGAAGAUAAAAAAAUAAAAGAAAAUAACCCAAGAUAGACCACCGCCUGUCGUUUCCAAUGGGGGUAAAUUAAUCAUAGUGGGCAUUGCGAGGUCCUAUUGGCGCGUUCGAGCAUUUAUUUGCCUAUUUCCGUUAAGUGCGUGUGUGCAAUAACUCAAUUCGAUAUAGUACUCCUUCUAAACAACGCAAUUUAAAAAAUAUAAAAAACUUUGGCAAAGGGUAGUCCACACCCUUCGUAACAUAUUCUAGUUUUGGGAACAGGAAACUGUACUGAGAUCAAAUGUUUCAUCAAUGAGAAAAUUAGCAGAAUGUUGGACAAAAUCCAUCUCGCUCUAUUUUCCCCCCCUGCCAGCCACUGGGCUUCCUGCCAUCACCAUAUUUGGUGGUGAGUAGAAAUGCCAACCGGAUGCUUCAGAUUUAUACGGAUCAUUGUUCGAUCUGUGUUGUAGUCCUAAAAAACGGAAAUUAGUUACCUCUGGUUCGUUCGGAUUUCCUAUGGGGGAAAUCAAUGAGGAAAGAAUGGGGUUUUGGGAAAGAAUAGGGUUUUGGGAUAAAUGCUGAAAAUAAGGUCUGAGGUUAACACAGGCUUAGGAGAUCUUAUAUGUUUUGUUCUGAGAUAAUAUCAGUCGGUUAACAUUCACUUUUAUGAAUUAUGAAGCCUUUGUGCUUGUUUUGAUUACAUAAAUGCUUCAAAAUUCAUAAAAAAUUAAGACCUAUUUUCGGCAUUUAUAAAAAAAAAAAAAAAAAAAAACAUGAAUUUCCCUUUAGGCUUUGACCAACAAUUAAGCCAUGGCGGAGUUAGUGCCUACAAAAAGAUGGCGUUACUAUUGCUCUCUAUAUCCAAGAUGGCUAGCUAGCUAGUAACUAGUUAGCUACCCUGCUUGUGCUUGCUACUAAAUCAGUGGCCUCAGCUAGCUAGCUACUAUGUACUUGGAGGCUAGCCACAUAUAUCAGGGCUUGCUAACUGCUAACUUGUAUCAGUGAGUCUUGACAGCCCCUGACAGUGUCAGUUUCAUACUUGUAGUCAACACAUUCAGAAUGUUUGGUUUCAUGCUGCCUUCCCUGUCUGCUUUGUUUGCAGCAACAGUAUCAAAGUGCUCUAUUUUGGGCAGAUAAGAUUGCAUCCCUGUCACAUGGUGAGUGAUCUUCCUGAUUUGAUGAGAUGUAACAAAUGUUUUGUGAUCAUCUGGCUAGUUAGUAUAACAUGUUGGUUAGCAGGGUAUCUAACUGAAGUGAUGCCUUUUUCCUGUCCUUGCAGAAGACCCCCAGGAUAUAUACUGGCUAGCACAGUGCCUUUACCUCACCUCUCAGUACCACAGAGCCUCCCAUGCCCUCCGCUCACGUAAACUAGAUAAGGUAAGACUACCUGGUUGGCUUCCCCCAAUUUGUUGCAUGGGGACAUGCAGGUAGCCUGGGUGCCUCCCUGUUUCUACACGUCUCACUGAGGGGCACUCAUGCACUAGCAUGCAGUUCACUAAUGACAUGUUGGAUACUAGGCAUAUUCUGACUUGUCAUUAUGAGUCUGUCCAGUCUAUACAUUACUCUUCUAUGUAGCUUUCAAAACUUUGUGCUAUCCAGAGUUUAUAUUUUUGAAGAAUAAGUAUUUUUACUGGGUGUGCUGGAUGUCCUUGUUGAUCUGAAAAGUUGUUGUCGGUCAGCUUGUCGGUCAGCUUGUUCCUAAUAUUUAUCUUUCAUUUCAGUUGUAUGGCGCUUGUCAAUAUCUCGCUGCUAGGUGCCACGUGAGUAUUCAUGUUAGGCUACUUCUUGUGAUGAAAUAUACCUGUUCAAACUCUCCAUGAUCCUGUGGCCUAUGGGUCAAUGCACUUAAAUUCAAUAACCUUUCUACAGCAUCCCUUUUGAUUUAAACAUAUCGUUUCAUACAUGUUUGCCCAUGAAAUAAGUGGUAAGAAAGUGACUUCUUGGACCUGAAUGCUAAAACAUUCAGGAGAUAAAGGUGCUCAAAGUUGACCUGUUUUACAUACCUCAUCAUAAUGUGAGACAUCCAUGUCUUCAUUGCUGAAAAAGAUAAACAGUUGACUUUGAUAUUAUUUAAAACCUUACACACAGAGUUGUCAAACUAUUUUAUAAUUUCUUGAAAAAAACGUUUAUUUUAGCGUAAAUUAUCUAAAAUCGCGUAAACUACGAUUUUUUUCAUAUUCUCAUAUGUUAUAGCUUAGACCCUAUUUUACAUCAUCUGAGGUUUUUGUGUUGUGCCCGCCAUCGGUUGAGACAUGACAUGCUCAUGAAUACAGUGUGGGUGUUAUUUCAUUCGUAGAAAUAUAAUUCAUAGAAUGGACCUAUCCCUUCAGAUCACUGCAAUUUUACUGAAAUUGAAUCAAACAAAAAUAAGUUAAUGCUGGAUAGUAAAUAAUCCCGGAAAAGCCUUUGUGCAAACAAACUUCCAGAAGUAAUCAAUGCACUCUCCUGUAGUGGAUAAAUGAAAAAGCCUUUGUUACGGCUUAUGCAUAGCAAGAAUAAAAAUACUAUGCAGCGUCAACUUAUUUUUGUUCUGUAGCAUUUCAUCCCAUGAUCAAAGAGCACCUCAGAUUUAACUAUCAACCAAAUAAGCGCUCCUUUCCGUGUCUCUUAUUGAACAUUGACAUUUUAUUGAAAUUUAAACGUAUAAUUACUACCACAAAGAUGGCCGCCGGUCCACUUAACUUCGAAUGUCAACUUAAAUGGUUGUUUGUUCUAUUAUCUAGAUUUCUAUGAUUUCAAUAGGUUUCCUAUGGAGAAUUGACAGUGUAAUUUAAAACAACAGAUAUUCCUAUUCAAGUCAACAUUCUCUGAUGUGUGGACCUCCAACCAUCUUUGUGGUACCGUUUGAAAGUUGAAAUAAAAAUGGUUGUACAUUUAUCAGGCAAAACGUGACACCCACCCUGUAUUCAAGAGCAUGUUAUGUCUCAACCGAUGGCGGGAACAACACAAAAACCUCAGAUGUAAUUAGACUAAACUACAACAUAUGCAAAAUGAAAAUAAUUGUUUUUUGGAUAAUCCCAAAAAUAUAUAUAUAUAAAGAAAUUACAAAAUAGUUUCACAACCCUGUUUGUAAGCUUUUAAAUGAUAUCAAUCUCAACCAUAAUAUUUUUUUUUACAGUGAUGAAGACAUGGAUGUCUCAUGAUUUGCAAUAUGGGUCAACUUUAAAGCACCUUUAUCUCUUGAAUGUUUUUGCGUUCAGGUACAAAAAGUAACUUUCGGAGUACUUCUACAAUGGACACGUAUGGAAUGUUUCUAAUCAAAGGGGGGGUGCUGUCAAAACGUGAUUUAAUUCAAAUGGAGUUACUCCUAUGUGUCUACAACAGAAGCUUUCCGUGCCUUUUUUUGUAGUACAAAAGCUGUCAGCUCUACCUCGUUUCCCCACGUAUUUUUUACCUAGGCUAUACCUUUUAUCUUUUUUUCUUUCUGAUUUCCUCUAUUUGUUUACUUUCCAUACAUUUCGUUAUUCUCAUCCUUGCAGACUUUAAAUUCUAUUUGUGUACCGGACUUAUUUCCCAAUAUGGUCAUUUAGCAGAUGCUUCCUAUCCAAAGUGACUUACAGAACUGUCAGCAUUGACAGUGACACAUACAGUGUCUCACAAAAGUGAGUACACCCCUCACAUUUUUGUAAAUAUUUGAGUAUAUCUUUUCAUGUGACAACACUGAAGAAAUGACACUUUGCUACAAUGUAAAGUAGUGAGUGUACAGCUUGUAUAACAGUGUACAUUUUCUGUCCCCUCCAAAUUAACUCAACACACAACCAUUAAUGUCUAAACCGCUGGCAACAAAAGUGAGUACACCCCUAAGUGAAAAUGUCCAAAUUGGGCCCAAUUAGCAAUUUCGCAACAUCCCCGGUGUCAUGUGUCAUCGCUCUCACACUCCCUCAUACUGGUCACUGGAAGUUCAACAUGGCACCUCAUGGCAAAGAACUCUCUGAGGAUCUGAAAAAUAGAAUUGAUGCUCUAUAUAAAGAUGGCCUGGGCUAUAAGAAGAUUGCCAAGACCCUGAAACUGAGCUGCAGCACGGUGGCCAAGACCAUACAGCGGUUUAACAGGACAGGUUCCACUCAACAGGCCUCGCCAUGGUCGACCAAAGAAGUUGAGUGCACGUGCUCAGCGUCAUAUCCAGAGGUUGUCUUUGGGAAAUAGACGUAUGAGUGCUGCAGAGGUUGAAGGGGUUGGGGGUCAGCCUGUCAGUGCUCAGACCAUACGCCGCACACUGCAUCAAAUUGGUCUGCAUGGAUGUCGUCCCAGAAGGAAGCCUCUUCUAAAGAUGAUGCACAAGAAAGCCUGCAAACAGUUUGCUGAAGACAAGCAGACUAAGGACAUGGAUUACUGGAACCAUGUCCUGUGGUCUGAUGAGACCAAUAUAAACGUAUUUGGUUCAGAUGGUGUCAAGAGUGUGUGGUGGCAACCAGGUGAGGAGUACAAAGACAACUGUGUCUUGCCUACAGUCAAGCAUGGUGGUGGGAGUGUCAUGGUCUGGGGCUGCAUGAGUGCUGCCGGCACUGGGGAGCUACAGUUCGUUGAGGGAACCAUGAAUGCCAACAUGUACUGUGACAUACUGAAGCAGAGCAUGAUCCCCUCCCUUCGGAGACUUGGCCGCAGGGUAGUAUUCCAACAUGAUAACGACCCCAAACACACCUCCAAGACGACCACUGCCUUGCUAAAGAAGCUGAGGGUAAAGGUGAUGUACUGGCCAAGCAUGUCUCCAGACCUAAACCCUAUUGAGCAUCUGUGGGGCAUCCUCAAACAGAAGGUGGAGGAGUGCAAGGUCUCUAACAUCCACCAGCUCCGUGAUGUCGUCAUGGAGGAGUGGAAGAGGACUCCAGUGGCAACCUGUGAAGCUCUGGUGAACUCCAUGCCCAAGAGGGCUAAGGUAGUGCUGGAAAAUGAUGGUGGCCACACAAAAUAUUGACACUUUGGCACCAAUUUGGACAUUUUCACUUAGGGGUGUACUCACUUUUGUUGCCAGCUGUUUAGACAUUAAUGGCUGUGUGUUGUGUUAGUUUGAGGGGACAGCAAAUGUACACUGUUAUACAAGCUUUACACUCACUACUUUACAUUGUAGCAAAGUGUCAUUUCUUCAGUGUUGUCACAUGAAAAGAUAUACUCAGAUAUUUACAAAAAUGUGAGGGGUGUACUCACUUUUGUGAGAUACUGUAUAUUCAUAAUAUGUGGCUCAUGCAGGAAUCAAACCCACAACCCUGAAUUUACCAGCACUAUACUCUUAACUGAGCUGAGCCAUUGGAAGCACUAACCUAGUGUUUGUGUUUUGUGCAGUAUGCUGCCAAAGAGUUCCAGCAGGCCUUGGACAUCCUGGACAUGGAGGAGCCAACCAGCAAGAAGCUGCUGGAGCGGAGUGUCAAAGAGGACAAAAGGAUACAAGAGUCAGACUGGGAGAUGACCCCUGCCUCUGUAAGUCUCAGCUCUGACACAAUAGGGUCCCAUGUGUUUAUGUGGCCCUGUAAUACCACGUUUGUGUUCAAGUCUCUUACAAUGGGAUAUUCCAGUCUGUUCACAUUUAUGGUGUUGUGACUACAGGUUAACUAUUUGCAUACUGUACUGUAGGUGACUGAGGCAGAGAUUGAAUGCCAUGUUGCCAUGUCAAAGACCCUUUGGCUGCAUUUUUAUGAUUGGUUCCUUUCUAAGCUAUAAAUAUUUCCUUUUGUAGUUAUCACCAUCAUAUUACUAAAGGGGUCCUGUCAUUCACCCGGUAGCCACAUCACCUGCCAUAUUCAUACAAAAUUCAUGUGUGAGUCUUUUUUUUAAAUGUCAGAAGCCCCUGGAGGCUUCCCCGAUUCAUGCUGCUUCAGUGUUCCUGACCCCUUGUGGUCCCUUAAACUUCAACGUCCCCCCCCCCCCCCCCCCCCCCCCCCCCCUUUUUUUUUUCUUCAGAUCAGCAGUUCCAUCUGCCUGUUGCGGGGGAAGAUAUAUGAUGCCAUGGACAACCGGCCUCUGGCCACAUCCAGCUACAAAGAGGCCUUGAAACUGGACGUGUACUGCUUUGAAGCCUUCGACCUUCUAACGUCCCACCACAUGCUGACCGCUCAGGAAGGUGAGGCCAGAGCGAGACUGGGAACAAAAGCAGACCUAAGGGGAAUGUGGAAUCAAAAAAUAAGACUAAUGGUUUUUGCACGUGUGCAGCAGAAGUAAUAUACAGAGAAGCAAACUCGUGACUUUUUGGCGAUAUUCGCAGUUUUGAUCUCAAAAUAUAGGUCAUUCACGUGAAUCGUGUAGAUCCGUUAGAAAAAAACUGAAUAUUGCUGAGAAGUGACGAGUUUGCAUCCUGCUGCACAGGAGUAAUACAAUGCAUCACUAGCACACAUGCUAGUGAUGCACGGGUUGACUCAUAACCUGCAGUUAUAUCCGCGGGCGGUCGGGUUUAGGGUCAUAAAAUAUUGUAUAGAUGAAGGGCAGAUGGGCGGCGGACUGGUUGAAUAAAGAGAAAACAAUACAUAAAAAAGACAUCAAUGUAUCAUUCUUGUGCAAUUUAUAGGCUACAUUUUUGUUAAAUACAGUACCAGUCAAAAGUUUGGACACACCUACUCAUUCAAGGGUUUUUCUUUAUUUUUACUUUUUUCUACAUUGUAGAAUAAUAGUGAAGACAUCAAACCUAUGAAAUAACACAUAUGGAAUCAUGUAGUUACCAAAAAAGUGUUAAACAAAUCAAAAUAUAUUUGAUAUUCUUCAAAGUAGCCACCCUUUGCAUUGAUGACAGCUUUGCACACUCUUGGCAUUCUCUCAACCAGCUUCACCUGGAAUUCUUUUCCAACAGUCUUGAAGGAGUUCCCACAUAUGCUGAGCACUUGUUGCCUGCUUUUCCUUCACUACAUUGACGUUUUUUCCCAUAAUUUUUAGGCUAUCUGGCAUUAGUGCGUGGGCCUAACUGUUUUUUGUUAAUACGUUUUCUCCCCGGUCCCUAAACGUCUUUACUCUGCGAAAGAAGCGGAGAUGACCGAUAACUUUACCGAUAUCAACUAUAUUGAAGCAUUCAUUCUAUCAAUUUAUAACAUUCUUCUGGUGAGCAAGGGUUUAUUUUAGUCUUGUAGGGCAACAUACAGUGCCUUCAGAAAGUAUUCAUACCCCUUGACUUAUUCCAAAUGUUGUUUUGUUAGUCUGAAUUCAAAAUGGAUUAAAUAAAUACAUCUCACCCAUCUACACACAAUACCCCAUCAUUUCAGUGAAAACAUGUUUUUAGAAAUUUUAGCAAAUUUAUUGAAAAUGAAAUACAGAAAUACAUUGCAUUUGGAAAGUAUUCAGACUCCUUGACUUUUUCCAAAUGUUACAUUACAGCCUUAUUCUAAAAUGGAUAAAAUAAUUGUUUUCCCUCAUCAAUCGACACACACCCCAUAAUGACGAAGCGAAAACAGGUUUUUAGAAAACAGAAAUGCCUUAUUUACAUAAGUAUUCAGACCAUUUGCUAUGAGACUCGAAAUUGAGCUCAGGUGCAUCCUGUUUCCAUUGAUCAUCCUUGAGAUGUUUCUACAACUUGAUUGGAGUCCACCUGUGAUAAAUAAAUUCAAUUGAUUGGACAUGAUUUGGAAAGGCACACACCUGUCUAUAUAAGGUCCCACAGUUGACAGCCGUGCAUGUCAGAGCAAAAACCAAGCCAUGAGGUGGAAGGAAUUGUCCGUAGAGCUCAGAGACAGGAUUGUGUCGAGGAACAGAUCUGGGGAAGGGUACCAAAAAAUGUCUGGAGGAUUGAAGGUCCCCAAGAACACAGUGGCCCCAUCAUUCUUAAAUGGAAAAGUUUGGAACCACCAAGACUCGUCCUAGAGCUCAAACUGAGCAAUCGGGGGAGAAGAGCCUUGGUCAGGGAGGUGACCAAGAACCCGAUGGUCACUCUUACAGAGCUCCAGAGUUCCUCUGUGGAGAUGGGAGAACCUUCCAGAAGGACAACCAUCUCUGUAGCACUCCACCAAGCAGGCCUUUAUAGUAGAAUGGCCAGACAGAAGCCACUCCUCAGUAAACAGCACAUGACAGCCCGGUUGGACUUAGCCAAAAGGCACCUAAAGGACUCUCAGACCAUGAGAAACAAGAUUCUCUGGUCUGAUGAAACCAAGAUUGAAAUCUUUGGCCUGAAUGCCAAGAAUCACAUUUACAUCAUUUAGCAGACGCUCUUAUCCAGAGCGACUUACAAAUUGGUGCAUUCAAUUUAUGAUAGCCAGUGGGACAACCACUUUUUGUUGUUUUUUUUUUUGUGGGGGAGGGAGGGGUAGAAGGAUUACUUUUAUACUAUUCCAGGUAUUCCUUAAAGAGGUAGGGUUUCAAGUGUCUCCGGAAGGUGGUCAGUGACUCGUCGUGGGGGAGCUUGUUCCACCAUUGGGGUGCCAGAGCAGCGAAUAGCUUUGACUGGGCUGAGCGGGAACUGUGCUUCCGUAGAGGUAGGGGGGCUAGCAGGCCAGAGUUGGAUGAACGUAGUGCCCUCGUUUGGGUGUAGGGUCUGAUCAGAGCCUGAAGGUAAGGAGGUGCCGUUCCCCUCACAUCUCCUUAGGCAAGCACCAUGGUCUUGUAGUAGAUGCGAGCCUCAACUGGAAGCCAGUGGAGUGUGCAGAGGAGCGGGGUGACAUGAGAGAACUUGGGAAGGUUGAACACCAGACGGGCUGCAGCGUUCUGGAUAAGUUGUAGGGGUUUAAUGGCACAGGCAGGGAGCCCAGCCAACAGCGAGUUGCAGUAAUCCAGACGGGAGAUGACAAGUGCCUGGAUUAGGACCUGUGCCGCUUUCUGUGUGAGGUAGGGUCGUACUCUGCGAAUGUUGUAGAGCAUGAACCUGCAGGGUCGGGUCACUGCUUUGAUGUUAGCAGAGAACGACAGGGUGUUGUCCAGGGUGUUGCCAGGGUCACGCCAAGGUUCUUUGCACUCUGGGAGGAGGACACAAUGGAGUUGUCAACCGUGAUGGCGAGAUCAUGGAGCGGGCAGUCCUUCCCCGGGAGGAAGAGCAGCUCCGUCUUGCCGAGGUUCAGCUUGAGGUGGUGAUCCGACAUCUACACUGAUAUGUCUGCCAGACAUGCAGAGAUGCGAUUCGCCACCUGGUUAUCAGAAGGGGGAAAGGAGAAAAUGAAUUGUGUGUCGUCUGCGUAGCAAUGAUAGGAGAGGCCAUGUGAGGAUAUGACAAAGCCAAGUGACUUGGUGUAUAGAGAGAAUAGGAGAGGGCCUAGAACUGAGCCCUGGGGGACACCAGUGGUGAGAGCACGUGGUGCGGAGACAGAUUCUCGCCACGCCACCUGGUAGGAGCGACCUGUCAGGUAGGACGCAAUCCAAGAGUGAGCAGCGCCGGAGAUGCCCAACUCGGAGAGGAGGAUCUGAUGGUUCACAGUAUCAAAGGCAGCAGAUGGGUCUAGAAGGAUAAGAGCAGAGGAGAGAGAGUUAGCUUUAGCAGUGCGGAGAGCCUCCGUGACACAGAGAAGAGCAGUCUCAGUUGAAUGACCAGUCUUGAAACCUGACUGGUUUGGAUCAAGAAGGUAAUUCUGAGAGAGAUAGCAGGAGAGUUGGCUAGAGACUGCACGCUCAAGAGUUUUGGAGAGAAAAGAAAGAGCCAAGUGACUCCUGUUUUUGCUUUGUCAUUGUGGGGUAUUGUGUGUGUAGAUUGAUGAGGAGAAAAAAACAAUCAAUUUUUAGAAUAAGGCUGUAACGUAACAAUGUGGAAAAAGUCAAGGGGUCUGAAUACUUUCCAAAUGCACUGUUUAAUAUAUAUAUAUAUAUAUAUACUGUAUAUAUUUCCUUUUUAUUAGUUUAAAAAAUUUUGUAUAAAAUGUUUUGCUGCCUCUUGGGCCCCCCAUGGGCCUCGGCCUGGUAUCACAUCGUUGGUGUUGUGACAACCCCACAAAAUGUUAUGUGCAGUUUACACAGCUUUUUUGUGUGUUUCUGUGCUCCUUUUUUGGCCUCACCAGUUUGCAUCCCUGAAAUAUUGAUUUGUAUGUUGCUUUGUUUUAUGCCAAUAACGGCUUAUAGAUGUUUCUGUAGGGUAAAUUUAUUUAAUUUUGAAUUUUUUCCCAAACCCCUUAUUUGAAGACCUUUUGUCAUUUUUGUGUUUGUAGAAAAGGACUUCCUGGACUUGCUUCCUUUGAGCCAACAGUGCACAGAGGAGGAAGACGAAUUACUUCACUUCCUGUUUGAGAAUAAAUUGAAGAAGGUAUGUCCACUGUUAUCCUCCAUGUCAGGACAUCAGUUGCGUUCAGAUUCCUAUGUUAAGUUUCAGUAUUUUACAUUGUCAUGUGCAAUGUUGAUCAUCAUGUUGUGUUUCUUUAUUGGAAUACACAGGUCAUCAUAUGUCACUAUGGACUUUGCCCUAUAGUUCAGAAUGAAGCAUACGAUUAUUUCUAAAUAUUACAAUCACUCAUAUUUGGUCUAUAUUGGUUGUCUACAGUUGCCCCAUCAAUCAACCAAUAAUCAUGGCUACAAAAACCCAGAAAUGUUCUCUCUGAUUUUACUAAAGUUAAGAGUGGUCAUUUGUCUCAAAUUAGUGUUGAUUCGAUUGCUAAUGAUGAUGGUGCUUUUGUUCCAAUUCCACAUUUGGUUCUCCCUCCCUUUCUCCACCCAUCCUUUCCUCUUUCCUUCCCUCAGUAUAACAAACCCAGUGAUAUGGUGGUGCCAGAGAUGGUCAACGGUCUCCAGGACAACUUGGAUGUGGUGGUCUCCCUUGCUGAGAGGCAUUAUUACAACUGUGACUUCAAAAUGUGCUACAAGCUCACUUCCAUGUAAGUUUGAUAACUGCUGGCCCACCUUAACCUUUAAACUUGAGAUGUAUUGGCAGUCUGCAAGCGUUAACCGGCCAAACUAAAAUUUAUUUAAUUAUAAUAACUGUUGUGAUGUUAUUCUUAUGGUUUAUGUUAGUGGAAUAUUAUUCUCUCUCGGCUCAGUUGUGUAAAAAGGAUAUACGUUUCACACAUCAUUUGGGCCUGUCUGUAAAACCUGAAUGUUUUGUGUUUCUUCAAGGGUGAUGGUGAAAGACCCAUUCCAUGCCAACUGUUUACCUGUUCAUAUAGGAACACUGGUGGAGCUCAGCAAAGCAAAUGGUAAGACCGUUGAAGCUUUUCUUUAAAUUUGGUUAUUGAUGCGCAUGAAAGAUAUAUUUAACAUCUGAAUGUGUACCAUGAUUCUCCUCUUUUUACCACCACAGAACUGUUUUACCUUUCGCACAGGCUUGUGGACUUGUAUCCCAAUAACCCAGUAAGUAUAGCCCCUGCUCUAUAUAGUGUAAAGUGUUGCCUGUUCUGCUAUGAGUACACCCCCCAAUACUAGCAUCUUGCCAUUCCACAUAUCCAAGCUCUGAUUAGUACGGUAUGUUUUCUUUUGUGUGCAUGAUUUAUUCUUUGACCACUAGACAAAUGGUAAACAUUGUUUUCAUCCAGGUCUCUUGGUUUGCUGUGGGAUGCUACUAUCUAAUGGUUGGUCACAAAAACGAACACGCGCGUAGAUAUCUCAGGUACCAGAUACCAUGGUUUUCUUAACACCAAGCAUAUUUUAUAUUCAGCAGUCAGACAUUGAUAUUCUAUAUAUUGUAAAUUAAAAUAUUUUGAUUGAUUCACUUCCUGCUGAAUCAAAUCUACAAAUUUCAAAGUAUUAUAAAAAAAAAACAUAAUUGAUGAUUAUUCACUCAGUGACAGACUAGAAUAUCUCUCUUAUUUACACUAAGUUCCUUAUGCUGUCUCCCGCAGCAAGGCGACCACACUGGAGCGGACGUACGGUCCGGCAUGGAUCGCCUACGGUCACUCGUUUGCAGUGGAGAGUGAACACGACCAGGCAAUGGCUGCCUACUUCACUGCUGCUCAACUGAUGAAGGGGUAUGUACUGUUAUUGUACCCAGACAUCCCUUCCACAGACGCAGCACCCCACACGUCCACAGAACAGCGCUGUCGUGUGCUCAAAUGUAAUGUUGAACACGAACACAUUUGUUGGAGUGUGUUCAAAGAUGCAUCUUGCUAAAAUGGCUAAACGCAGGGGUGCCUUAGUCAUUGAAAAACAGUGAGAAAUGUACAGUAUCAUAACAAACUGAUGCAUAUAUAAUAUCUUAUAAGCAUAUAAUAGCAUGUACCUUCACAACCUUGCCCAUUAGACUUGAAACCUAACCCUUGCUCUCAUCUCUCCUGUCCAGAUGCCAUCUCCCUAUGUUGUACAUAGGGCUGGAGUACGGCCUUACAAACAACUCUAAACUGGCCGAGCGCUUCUUCAGCCAGGCCCUGAGCAUAGCACCAGAAGACCCCUUUGUCAUGCACGAGGUGGCCGUUGUGGCCUUUCAGAACGGAGAGUGAGUCACACACACACACAUACUGAGAUAAUGUGUAUGCAUACACAUGCACACACUGGGGGAAAACACCAACACGGUGGGAAAACGUACACAUGCAUACUCACACACGUGCACCCAAGAGGAUAUAUAGCAUGCAUGUGCACACAUGCUACACUGAGUGUACAAAACAUUAGGAACACCUUCCUAGUAUUGAGUUGCACCCCUUUUUACCUUCAGAACAGCCUCAAUUGUUGGGCAUGGACUCUACAAGGUGUCGAAAGCACGCCACAGGGAUGCUGGCCCAUGUUGACUCCAAUGCUUUCCACAGCUGUGUCAAGUUGGCUGGAUGUCCUUUGGACCAUUCUUGAUACACACGGGAAUCUGUUGAGCGUGAAAACCCCAGCUGUGUUGCAGUUCUUGACACACUCAAACCGGUGCGCAUGGCACCUACUACCAUAUCCUGUUCAAAGACACUUUCAAUAUUUUGUCUUGCCCAUUCACCCUCUGAAUGGCACACACACACAAUCCAUAUCUAAAUUGUUUCAUGGCUUAACAAUCAUUUUUUAACCUGUCUCCUCCCCUUCAUCUACACUGAUUUUUAAGUGGAUUUAACAAGUGACAUAAAAAGGAUCAUAGCUCUCAACUGGUCAGACUGUCAUGGAAAUACAGUGAGUGUUUUGUACACUCAGUGUAUAACACACUCUACAAUACCCCCACAUGCAUACAUACACGCUUGAGGGCUCUCAUCAUAGCCAUCAGCAAAUUGGUAAGAAGAGCGUUUUCCUUACGAUGGGUUUAAAACCCACAGGUGGGCCAUGAAUGAUUCGGUUUGGGUCGUGACUAUAAUUUGUGGAUUCUGUCUCUUUAUUGAGGUUUAGCUGUACAUUGCCACGCGUUCAUCAUAGUUGCUGGAACUGUGCCGGAAAGGACCAUUUCUAAAGGAAAAAUCUGUGCUGUCACAGUAUGGUUGGGGUUGGCAUGAUAGUGUGUGGGAAAGGGUACUUGUGCCUUAUUUUCUUAUUUGUUCAUGUGUGGGAUUUGAUUUUGCUGAAAUGUGUUAAAUUCUGCUCUUUUCAGCUGGAAAACAGCCGAGAAGUUGUUCCUGGACGCAAUUGACAAGAUCAAAGCAAUUGGGAAUGAGGUAGCUGCUCAUUUGAAUCGAGGAAAUCUAGCCCCACGUGUACUGUAUCAUACUCAAUCUUAAAUGUGUUUGAACUUAAGAUCUGGCAGUCAGUUUAAUUGCUGUGUGUUUAUUUUCAAUGCAAACAUUCCUCUUUUUGUAAAAGUUGUGUUUUCUUUCAGGUAACAGUGGACAAGUGGGAACCACUCCUGAACAACCUGGGUCACGUUUGUCGGAAACUGAAGUGAGUAUAAAGAUCCUCCCGGCAAGUGUUUACUCAUCAGAACACUAGAGGGGUAUGUCACGAAGCAGGAUGAAGGAGUUGCGAGCUCACUUUGAUUUAUUCUGAAUUCAACUAGGGAUAACUGUUGUCACAAAGGUGGCAUCACCUUUUUAGCGAGGUAAAUAACUAUGGCAACUGUUGGACUCGCUGGGCUUUCCACGUGCCACGUGCACACGCAGUUACAAGCCUGGUUUGAUAUGUGGAAGGUGAUGGAUAAAUAUCCACCUUUUGUGACCUGGAUGAAGCCUGAGCUGGAAUGUGGAGCUAACUGAAGCUAGCUAGCCUAAACUAAUCCAGAAUAUUUCUAGUCGGCUUGUGACGUACCCCUUUGAGGGGAUGGAACUGAACAGAAUGGAAGUUCUGACUGGCAUGUGCAGUGUCUCUGGAUCUCUCUCCUAUGACAUCAUCGGUGUUAUCCUUGUUCUCAUCUCAUUUAUGGGUUCAGGGUUAGGUAGGUAGGCAGGCAGGCGUUCCUCUGUUAUCUCCCAGGUACCUUAUAAAGCAUCGUUAAAGGACAGGGAUCCAAACAUUUUCCUGAGUGGUAUUUCAGGUGGAGAGUCUGAGGUGAUGAGAGGACUUACUGCAGGGUUCCCCAACUGAGGGCCUGCGAUUUGGCCCGCGGGUGGUUUCAUGAGAACAGAAUUAGCGGAGGGCCUUGAAAGCUUUUCUGAACAGCACAGUCUUGAGCUGUGCCUUAAACGAGGACAGAGACUCUGCAGCCCUAGUAGUGUCUGGACGUGUGUUCCACAGCCGCGGAGCCACGCAACUGAAAGCUCUGUCACCCAUAGUUUUUAGUCUGCUAAAAAGGGAGACCGACCUGGAGUAGCGAAGGGUGCGUGUUGGGCAGGAGGGUAGAAUGAGGUCAGACAGGUCAUUGGGUCCGGAGAUAUGCAGAACUUGGUAGGCGUGAACCAGGAUUUUGUAGUCGAUGCGUGAGCAUAUGGGGAGUCAGUAGAGGUUGAACAGCACUGGAGUGAUGUGCUCGUGGAGGGAGGUGUGGGUGAGGACACGUGCAAAAAAUGAAAAAGAAUCCUCAUCAAUCUACAUAUAAUACCCCAUAAUGACAAAGCAAAAACAGGUUUUUAGAAAUGUAUAAAUAAAUAUAAAAUAUAUUUUGAUUUGUUUAACACUUUUUUUGGUUACUACAUGAUUCCAUAUGUGUUAUUGCAUAGCUUUGAUGUCUUUACUAUUAUUCUACAAUGUAAAAAAUAGUAAAGAUGAAGAAAAACCCUUGAAUGAGUAGGUGUGUCCAAACUUUUGACUGGUAGUAUGUAUGUAUGCAUGUAUGCACGUAUGCACGUAUGCAUGUAUGCAUGCAUGCACAGUACCAGUCAAAAGUUUGGACACACCUACUCAUUCAAGGGUUUUUCUUUAUUUUUACUAUUUUUUACAAUAUAGAAUAAUAGUGAAAACAUCAAAACUAUGAAAUAACACAUGGAAUCAUGUAGUAACCAAAAAAGUGUUAAACAAAUCAAAAUAUAUUUUAUAUUUGAGAUGCUUCAAAUAGCCACCCUUUGCCUUGAUUGACAGCUUUGCACACUCUUGGCAUUUUCUCAACCAGCUUCACCUGGAAUGCUUUUCCAACAGUCUUGAAGGAGUUCCCACAUAUGCUGAGCACUUGUUGGCUGCUUUUCCUUCUCUCUGCCGUCUGACUCAUCCCAAACCGUCUCAAUUGGGUUGAGGUCGGGGGAUUGUGGAGGCCAGGUCAUCGGAUGCAGCACUCCAUCACUCUCCUUCUUGAUAAAAUAGCCCUUACACAGCCUGGAGGUGAGUUGGGUCAUUGUCCUGUUGAAAGACAGAUGACAGUCCCACUAAGCCCAAACCAGAUGGGAUGGCGUAUCGCUGCAGAAUGCUUUGGUAGCCAUGCUGGUUAAGUGUCCCAUGAAUACUAAAUAAAUCACAAACGGUGUCACAAGCAAAUCACCUCCACACCAUAACACCUCCUCCUCCAUGCUUUAAUUUGGAAUCCAGACCAAAGGACACAUUUCCUCCGGUCUAAUGUCCAUUGCUCGUGUUUCUUGUCCCAAGUAGGUCUUCUUAUUAUUGGUGUCCUUUAGUAGUGGUUUCUUUGCAGCAAUUCGACCAUGAAGGCCUGAUUCACAAAGUCCCCUCUGAACAGUUGAUAUUGAGAUGUGUCUGUGACUUGAACUCUGUGAAACAUUUAUUUUAGCUGCAAUUUCUGAAUCUGGUAACUCUAAUGAACUUAUCCUCUGCAGCAGAGGUAACUCUGGGUCUUCCAUUCCUGUGGCGGUCCUCAUGAGAGCCAGUUUCAUCUUAGCGCUUGAUGGUUUUUGCGACUGCACUUGAAGAAACUUGAAAAGUUCUUGAAAUGUUCCAGAUUGACUGACCUUCAUGUCUUAAAGUAAUGAUGGACUGUUGUUUUCUUUGCUUAUUUGAGCUGUUCUUGCCAUGAUAUGAACUUGGUCUUUUACCAAAUAGGGCUAUCUUCUGUAUACCCCCCCCCCCCUUCCCACCUUGUCACAACACAGCUUGUUAGCUCAAACGCAUUAAGAAGGAAAGAAAUUCCACAAAUUAACUUUUAAGAAGGCACACCUGUUAAUUGAAAUGCAUUCCAGGUAACUACCUCAUGAAGCUGGUUGAGAGAAUGCCAAGAGUGUGCAAAGCUGUCAUCAAGGCAAAGGGUGGCUAUUUGAAGAAUCUCAAAUAUAUUUUGAUUUAUCACUUUUUUUGGUUACUACAUGAUUCCAUAUGUUAUUUCAUAGUUUUGAUGUCAUCACUAUUAUUCUACAAUGUAAAUCAUUUAAAAAACAACAACAUUAAAACCCUUGAUUGAGUAGGUGUGUCCAAACGUUUGACUGGUAGAAUAUAUAUAUAUAUAUAUAUAUAUAUAUAUAUAUAAAUAACUGUGGCCAGUUUGAACUGAGGGGGGACACAUCCAGUGAUGACUGAGUUGUUGAUGAUUUCUGUGAAGAAAAGCACUAGAGCAAGUAAGCAGGUCCUGAAGAGGGAGGUGGGGAUAGGGUCAAGUAAGCAAGUGGUGGGCCUCAUUUGUCAGCUGCAAUGACAGUGGUGAACAUGGAGAACCUUUACUCAGGGAAUGUAGGACUGGGUAGCUCAACUACCGGGGCUGGAGAGGACAGGAUGGUGUUAUUGAUAUUUUCAAGUUUGCUUUGUAAGAAGGACAGGUAUUGAUUGCACUGUUCUGGGGAUGUUGAGGUAGCAGUUGUUCACAGGUUGAAGGAGCUUGCUCUCAGUAGAGAACAACACCCGGGAGUUACCACUGCUGUUGCUGAUCAGUUGGGAGUAGUAGGAUGUCUGAGCUGCAUUUGUGGCCUGUUUUGUAUUCUUGUUGAUGUUGCUCAUACAUCUGCGCAUGUACAGUUAUCCCAGUUUUCUUAUAAUGUCGUUCUCGGCGACAGCCAGUUGCUUUGAGUGAGCGUAGGUCCUCAGUGUACCAGGGAGACGAUUUGGAGAAAGACACCAGGCAGGUUUUCAAAGGAGAAACUUGUAUUGAGCCACAGAGUCAGUAACUGGCAGGUAGGAGAUGGAUUCCUAAACUGAAUGGAGUGUUUCUUGGGCCGAAUAGGUAGAGGAAUAGCUUGGGUGAAGGUGAUGAGUUUAUGGUCGGGACAGCCCUGACACAUUUCCUUCCAAUUUGGCCAGAUCCACGCCUGUGGUACAGACCAGGUCUGGCCUUUGUUGUGGGUGACAAUAUCCACAUACUGCUGGAGUCCAAAGUUGUCCAGGACAUCAGCCAGACCAGUAGAUAGACUGUAGUCAGGGGAGUUGACAUGCAUGUUGAAAUCACGAAGCACUAGCAUAGCUGGACACAAGGGGCUCAGGACUGUUAGUAGCUCAGAUUGUUCAGCAAGAAAGUCAGUUGAGUUUAGGAGGCCGAUUUUCAAUCAGCACAGCCAGUACUGAUUCAGAGCCAGUGGUUUUGUAAGCCAUGCAUUCAAAGAUUAAACAGCUGGUACUGGAGUAUACUUCACAGUGCAGUCAGUCCUGCAGAUUACAGCCAAUCUGCCACACCGUCCAGAUGUUCUAGGACAGUCCAGGUAGGUGUAGCCAGAUGGAGUGCAUUGGUUGAGGAAUACGGUGCCUUCAGAAAAUAUUCACACCCCUUUUCCACAUUUUGUUGUUACAAAGUUGGAAUUAAAUGGAUUUCAUUGUAAUUUAUGAACGACCCUACACAAAAUACUCUGUCAAAGGGGAAGAUAAAUAUAAAAUAACAUUUGUAAAAUAUAACUCUAAUAUAUCUUGAUUACAGAAGUAUUCAACCCCCUGAGUCAAUACAUGUUAGAAUCACCUUUGGCAGCGAUUACAGCUGUGAGUCUUUCUGGGUAAGUCUCUAAGAGCUUUCCACACCUGGAUUGUGCAACAUUUGCUGUUUUUUAAUUUAUAUUUAAUUUUAAUUUUGUAUUACUAUUUUCAAAAUUCUUCAAGCUUUUUAAAAUUGGUUGUUGAUCAUUGCUAGACAACCAUUUUCACAUCUUGCCGUAGAUUUUUAAGCCAAUUUUAAGUAUAAACUGUAGCUAGGCCACUCAGGAACAUUAAAUGUCGUCUUGGUAAGCAUCUCCAGUGUAUAUUUGGCCUUGUGUUUUAGGUUAUUGUUCUGCUGAAAGGUGAAUUUGUCUCCCAGUGCCUGUUGGAAAGCAGACUGAACCAGGUUUUCCUCUAGGAUUUUGCCUCCUAUUCCAUUUAUUUUUAGCCAAAAUAAACUCCCUUGCCGAUGACAAGCAUAUCCAUAACACGAUGCAGCCACAACCAUGCUUGACAAUGUGAAUUAGUGGUACUCUGUGAUGUUAGAUUUGCCCCAAACAUAACGCUUUGUAUUCAGGGCAUUGUUCAUUUCUUUGCCACAUUUUUUGCAGUUUUACUUUAGUGCCUUAUUGCAAACAGGAUGCAUGUUUUGGAAUAUUUGUAUUCUGUACUGGAUUACUUCUUUUCACUCUGUCAUUUAGGUUAGUGUUGUGGAGUAACUACAAUGAUGUUGUUCCAUCCUCAGUUUUCUCAUAACAGUCAUUAAACUCUUAAAGUCACCAUUGGCCUCAUGGUGAGAUCCCUGGACGGUUUCCUUCCUCUCCGGCAACUGAGUUAGAAAAGACACCUGUAUCUUUGUAGUGAAUGGGUUUAGGAUACACUAUCCAAAGUGUAAUUUAUAACUUCACCAUGUUCAAAGGGAUAUUCCCCCCCCCAAAAAAAAUCUACCAAUAGUUGCUCUUCUUUGCGAGGCAUUGGAAAACCUCCCUGGUCUUUGUGGUUGAAUCUGUGUUUAAAAUUCACCGCUCGACUGGGGGAACUUACAUAUAAUUGUGUGUGGGGUACAGAGAUGAGGUAGUCAUUCAGAAAUCAUGUUAAACACUAUUGCACACACAGUGAAUACAUGCAACUUAUUAUGUGACUUGUUAAGCAAAUUCUUACUCCUGAACUUAUUUAGGCUUGCCAUGACAAAGGGGUUGAAUACUUAGUGACUCAAGACAUUUCAGUUUUUCAUUUUUAAUUAAUUUGUAAAAAUGUCAAAAACCAUAAUUUCACUUUUGAAAAUGGUGGGGUAUUGUGUGUAGGCCAGUGACACAAUCUCAAUUUAAUCAUUUUUAAAUUCAGGCUGUAACACAACAAAAUGUGGAAAAAGUCAAAGGGGUAUGAAUACUUUCUGAAGGCACUGUAUGUGCUCAUUGGGCUGAUGCCAAGUCUGUGAAGCAGAGGAAGUCUAGACCUCUAUCAGCAAUGAUGUCAUUCAGUAGUAAGCCUUUGUUGUUGAUGGAUCUUGCAUUUAAAAGCCCCAAUUGAAUUACUUUGAAAGUUGCCUGAGGAGCAGCAUGCAGAACUGGCCAGUGUCCUUUAUCAUCCACCUCCGGUGUGCAUGAUGGACAGUGUUGUAUUCAACUGGCCAGUGUACACAAUUGAUUUAGGUUUGUUCAUUAGUCUGCCGCCCCAUUGUCCUUGCCGUUUGCAUUUUUUCCGGAGGAUCCCGUAUAGGCUGUUCUUCAGUUUGCUGCACAGGUUAUUUUUUCAUAUGUUCCAAACUUCUGAGGAAUCCUUCGGUGUUGUGAAUGAUAGUUGGUCCAGCCUUUGGUAGAUGGGAGACGAGAUGAGUAAAAAAGAGAUGAGAUGAGGAUAAACCAUUUUUUUAUUAUAAUAACACGCUGGAUAGGUGCAGUGAAAUGUGUUGUUUUACAAGGUCAGCCAUAGUAGGACGGCGCCCCUGGAGAAAAUUAGGGGUUAAGUGCCUUGCUCAAGGGCACAUUGACAGAAUUCUUACCUUGUCGGCUUGGGUAUUCAAACCAGCGGCCUUUCAGUUACUAGCCCAACACUCUAUCCGCUAGGCUACCUGCCGACCUAGGAUCCUAGGAGGAUCUGACUUUGUAUUUGAAUCCAAACAAUUAGCUAGUUGAUUGGAAAAGUACCGGUAGUCAAAUAUAUUAACUAAUUUAACGUUGUUGAUGAAAAAUCUAGAAUUCUGUGUUCAAUACUUGAUUAGCUAUCAAAAAAGGCAAAACGUUUUUAUAAAAACAAUGCACAUAAAAACCACUUAAAAUAAAUAAUUAAAGGGGCAAUCUGCAGGUGCGUCAUCCAUUUUUGGACUUCUGAAUUAAUAAAAUGUAGCCUACCUGCUGAUUCUUACAUUUCUCCAGCCCUAUCCCUCAGCAUAUUUAUUGUUUCAACUUCUGAUUGCUGCUUUAAGGAUACGUUUGUAAGAGUAAAUUACUAAGGCUGCCACUAGACGCCAUGGCAACCAUGGAACAAUAUAAAAAACAAAAUAAAACAUACUAUUUUCACCUAGGUCCGAUAGGGAAGGAGUUGUUUGGUUAGAUCCUUUUUUUUGGCUCUCUGAACACACCCAGCCCAGGCAGAACUCUAGAUUUGGCUCUGGAAAAUGUAUGCACUCACUAAUUGUAAGUUGCUCUGGAUAAGAGCGUAUGCUAAAUGACUAAAAUGUAAAUGGUCAUUAGGGAACUGUCCGAUUUGGUUGUUUUGUUCUAUCCUCCAAUAGGAAGUAUGACCAGGCAUUGGAGUAUCACCGCCAGGCCCUGGUUCUCAUCCCCCAGCACUCGUCGACCUAUUCCGCCAUCGGAUAUGUGCACAGCCUCAUGGGAGACUUCGAGAGCGCCAUUGAUUACUUUCAUACGGUACAGUAUUAUUAUUAUUUUUUUAUAUAUAUAUAUAUUUUUUAAUUGUCCCCUUAUUUACAUUUUAAAUCCAUAGACACAGAUCCUGUGUGACACGUUGAAUAAAUAUUGCUAUGCAUUUUAAUGUUUUUACAGCAAUUGAUGAGUUUUGCUUCUGAUUCUGACAGGCACUCGGUCUUAAGCGAGAUGACACGUUUUCUGUGACGAUGCUCGGCCACUGCAUUGAGAUGUACAUUGGAGAUACGGAUGCCUACAUAGGUAAAACUUCCUACAUAGGUAAAACGACUUCCUUUGCAACCCAUGCUAAAACACAUUUGCGAAAAACAUUUGGAUAUACAGUGCAUUCGGAAAGUAUUCAGACCCCUUGACUUUUUCCACAUUUUUGUUAUGUUACAGCCUUAUUCUAAAAUUGAUUAAAUUGUUAUUUUUCCUCAAAGCAAAAACAGUUAAAAAAAAUAAAAUAAAAAAUAAUUGAAAUAUCACAUUUUACAUAAGUAAUCAGACCCUUUACUCAGUACUUUGUUGAAGCACCUUUUGCAGUGAUUACAGCCUCAAGUCUUCUUGGGUAUGACGCUACAAGCUUGGCACGCCUGUAUUUGGGGAGUUUCUCCCAUUCUCUGCAGAUCCUCUCAAGCUCUCAGGUUGGAUGGGGAGCGUUGCUGCACAGCUAUCUUCAGGUCUCUCCAGAGAUGUUAGAUCGGGUUCAAGUUCGGGCUCUGGCUGGGCCACUCAACGACAUUCAGAGACUUGUCCCAAAGCCACUCCUGUGUUGUCUUGGCUGUGUGCUUAGGGUCGUUGUCCUGUUGGAAAUUGAACCUUCGCCCCAGUCUGAGGUCCUGAUCGCUCUGGAGCAGGGUUUCAUCAAGGAUCUCUCUGUACUUUGCUCCGUUCAUCUUUGCCUCGAUCCUGACUAGUCUCCCAGUCCCUGCCGCUGAAAAACAUCCCCACAGCAUGAUGCUGCCACCACCAUGCUUCACCGUAGGGAUGGUGCCAGGUUUCCUCCAGACGUGACGCUUGGCAUUCAGGCCAAAGACUUCAAUCUUGGUUUCAUCAGACCAUAGAAUCUUGUUUCUCAUGGUCUGAGAGUCUUUAGGUGCCUUUUGGCAAACUCCAAGCAGGCUGUCGUGUGUUUUACUGAGGAGUGGUUUACGGCUGUCCGCUCUACCAUAAUGGCCUGAUUGGUGUAGUGCUGCAGAGAUGGUUGUCCUUCUGGAAGGUUCUCCCAUCUCCACAGAGGAACUCUGGAGCUCUGUCAGAGUGACCAUUGGGUUCUUGGUCACCUCCCUGACCAAGGCCCUUCUCCCCCGAUUGCUCAGUUUGGCUGGGCGGCCAGCUCUAGGAAGAGUCUUGGUGGUUCCAAACUUCGUACAUUUAAGAAUGAUGGAGGCCGGUGUGUUCUUGGGGACCUUCAAUGCUGAAUACAUUUUUGGGUACCCUUCCCCGGAUCUGAGCCUCGACACACUCCUGUCUCGGAGCUCUAUGGACAAUUCCUUCCACCUCAUGGCUUGGUUUUUGCUCUGACAUGCACUGUCAACUGUGGGACCUUAUAUAGACAGGUGUGUGCCUUUCCAAAUCAUGUCCAAUCAAUUUAAUUUACCACAUGUGGACAAGUUGUAGAAACAUCUCAAGGAUGAUCAAUGGAAACAGGAUGCACCUGAGCUCAAUUUCGAGUCUCAUAGCAAAGGGUCUGAAUACUUAUGUAAAUAAGAUAUUUAUGUUUCUUAUUCUUUAUACAUUUGAAAACCUGUUUUCGCUUUGUCAUUUGUAUUUUUGUAUUUAUUAGAGAUCCCCAUUAGUUCCUGCCAAGGCAGCAGCUACUCUUCCUGGGGUCCAAACAUAUUAAAGCACUUACAUUACAUAUAAAACAAAAUGUAUAUAAAGCAGGACAUCAUAUGACAUUAUUACACCACUACCUACAGUGGGGGAAAAAAGUAUUUAGUCAGCCACCAGUUGUGCAAGUUCUCCCACUUAAAAAGAUGAGAGGCCUGUAAUUUUCAUCAUAGGUACACGUCAACUAUGACAAAAAAUCCAGAAAAUCACAUUGUAGGAUUUUUAAUGAAUUUAUUUGCAAAUUAUGGUGGAAAAUAAGUAUUUGGUCACCUACAAACAAGCAAGAUUUCUGGCUCUCACAGACCUGUAACUUCUUCUUUAAGAGGCUCCUCUGUCCUCCACUCGUUACCUGUAUUAAUGGCACCUGUUUGAACUUGUUAUCAGUAUAAAAGACACCUGUCCACAACCUCAGUCACACUCCAAACUCCACUAUGGCCAAGACCAAAGAGCUGUCAAAGGACACCAGAAACAAAAUUGUAGACCUGCAUCAGGCUGGGAAGACUGAAUCUGCAAUAGGUAAGCAGCUUGGUUUGAAGAAAUCAACUGUGGGAGCAAUUAUUAGGAAAUGGAAGACAUACAAGACCACUGAUAAGCUCCCUCGAUCUGGGGCUCCACGCAAGAUCUCACCCUGUGGGGUCAAAAUGAUCACAAGAACGGUGAGCAAAAAUCCCAGAACCACACGGGGGGACCUAGUGAAUGACCUGCAGAGAGCUGGGACCAAAGUAACAAAGCCUACCAUCAGUAACACACUACGCCGCCAGGGACUCAAAUCCUGCAGUGUCAGACGUGUCCCCCUGCUUAAGCCAGUACAUGUCCAGGCCCGUCUGAAGUUUGCUAGAGUGCAUUUGGAUGACUCAACUCGUCGUGUUUGGAGGAGAAAGAAUGCUGAGUUGCAUCCAAAGAACACCAUACCUACUGUGAAGCAUGGGGGUGGAUACAUCAUGCUUUGGGGCUGUUUUUCUGCAAAGGGACCAUGACGACUGAUCCGUGUAAAGGAAAGAAUGAAUGGGGCCAUGUAUCGUGAGAUUUUGAGUGAAAACCUCCUUCCAUCAGCAAGGGCAUUGAAGAUGAAACGUGGCUGGGUCUUUCAGCAUGACAAUGAUCCCAAACACACUGCCCGGGCAACGAAGGAGUGGCUUCGUAAGAAGCAUUUCAAGGUCCCGGAGUGGCCUAGCCAGUCUCAAGAUCUCAACCCCAUAGAAAAUCUUUGGAGGGAUUUGAAAGUCCGUGUUGCCCAGCGACAGCCCCAAAACAUCACUGCUCUAGAGGAGAUCUGCAUGGAGGAAUGGGCCAAAAUACCAGCAACAGUGUGUGAAAACCUUGUGAAGACUUACAGAAAACGUUUGACCUGUGUCAUUGCCAACGAAGGGUAUAUAACAAAGUAUUGAGAAACUUUUGUUAUUGACCAAAUACUUAUUUUCCACCAUAAUUUGCAAAUAAAUUCAUAAAAAAUCCUACAAUGUGAUUUUCUGGAUGUUUUUUUUCAUUUUGUCUGUCAUAGUUGACAUGUACCUAUGAUGAAAAUUACAGGCCUCUCUCAUCUUUUUAAGUUGGAGAACUUGCACAAUUGGUGGCUGACUAAAUACUUUUUUCCCCCACUGUAUCUACAAUACAAAAUGUUUAAUACCACCAUUCAACAAUAUCGCAAUGUGUGCGUAUGCGUGUGUCUAUACCCUUGUGUGUGUCUCUUCACAGUCCCUGUUGUUCCAUAAGGUGUAUUUUUACCAGUUUUAUUUUUUUAAAAUCUGAUUCUACUGCUUGCAUCAGUUACCUGAUGUGGAAUAGAGUUCCAUGUAGUCAUGGCUCUAAGUAGUACUGUGCGCCUCCCUUAGUCUGUUCUGGACUCGGGGACUGUGAAGAGACCUCUGGGGGCAUGUCUUGUGGGGUAUGCAUGGGUUUCCGAGCUGUGUGAUAGUAGUUUAAACAGACAGCUCGGUACAUUCUGCUUGUCCACACCUCUUACAACAACAAGCAGUGAUGAAGUCAAUCUCUCUUCCACUCACAGCCCGGAGAGACUGACAUGCAUGUCAUUAAUGUUAGCUCUCCGUAUACUUUUAAGGGCCAGCCGUGCUGCCCUGUUCUGAGCCCUUAAAAGUAUUCUGGGGUGUUGUGUGUAGAUUGCUGAGGAAAAUGUUUUAUAAAAUCAAUUUUAGAAUAAGGCUGUAACGUAACAAAAGGUGGAAAAAGUCAAGGGGUCUGAAUAGUUUCCGAAGGCACUGUAUUUGUUAUGUUUUUGCCAGUAAACAUCAGACCUACAAGGCAUUUAACUACUGUUGAUUUUGCUUUUCUGUUUUGCUUUUUCCGAGUCUCGUUGCUAGCGUGUGACUUGCUGGUGAAUUAUGUGUUAAGAAAUAAUAUUGCCUGAGAGAGUGUUGGAUACUAUGUGCGUUAUGUACUGGGAGUGCGACUCGAGCCCCUGUGUCGUCUGUUAGAAAGACCCUGCAGGUCAGUGAUUCACUGUCAAAUGUUUAAUUCCAAUAAACCAGAAUAAUUAUUUAUUUUUAUUUAACCUUUUUUUAACUAGGCAAGUCAGUUAAGAAUAAAUUCUUAUUUAUAAUGUCGGCCUACAAAUGAUGAAUAGUAGUUAGAUGAGUGUGUAGUUUCUAUCAAAUAAAUCAUACAAUGAGUUAAUAACACCAUAAUGACAGCUGUACAAUGGGAAUAUACAUAAUAAUUAGUCUGGAAUGUAUACAUUAAUACAAUGUUAAACAUUAUGGGUGGAUUGCAACGAACAGGCAGAACUUAACGUUCUGGUUAGCGCUGGAUUUCUUAACAUGCUAAAAGAACAGCGGGAAACUAGUAGACCACCGGUCCUGACGUUGUUACGGUGUCAAGCCGGCUUGAUACUAGACAGUGGAAAUGGUAAUUGUCUGCUUUCACUAGAGUUGCGCAUGUAGACUCGCACCGGCGUGACGUCACACCCCAGCUCGUGACUGAGGGCGCAGGGAGUUCUUCACAGACAGACUAUAAGAAUAAGGUGGUAUUUAUGAUGAUACACUAUAUAUACAAAGGUAUGUGGACACCCCUUCAAAUUAGUGGAUUCGGCUAUAUCAGCCACCCAGCCAUGCAAUCUCCAUAGACAAACAUUGGCUUUCAACGUGGCAAUAGGAUGCCACCUUUCCAAGAAGUCAGUUCGUAAAAUUUCUGCCCUGCUUGAGCUGCCCCGGUCAACUGUAAGUGAUGUUAUUGUGAAGUGGAAACAUCUAGGAGCAACAACGGCUCAGCCGCAAAGAGUGCUGAAGCGUGUAGCGCGUAAAAAUCGUCUGUCCUCGGUUGCAACACUCACUAACGAGUUACAAACUUCCUCUGGAAGCAACAUCAGCACAAGAACUGUUCGUCGGGAGCUUUGUGAAAUGGGUUUCCAUGGCCGAACAGCCGCACACAAUCCUAAGAUCACCAUGCCAAUGCCAAAUUCGGCUGGAGUGGUGUAAAGCUAGCCACCAUUGGAGCAGUGGAAACGCGUUCUCUGGAGUGAUGAAUCACGCUUCACCAUCUGGCAGUCCGACGGACAAAUCUGUAUUUGGCACAUGCCAGGAGAACGCUACCUGCCCGAAUGCAUAGUGCCAACUGUAAAGUUUGGUGGAUGAGGAAUAAUGUUCUGGGGCUGUUUUUCAUUGUUCGGGCUAGGCCCCUUAGUUCCAGUGAAGGGAAAUAUUAACGCUACAGCAUACAAUGACAUUCUAGACAAUUUUGUCCUUCCAACUUUGUGCCAACAGUUUGGGGAAGGCCCUUUCCUGUUUAAGCAUGCCAAUUACCCGUGCACGUGAGGUCCAUACAGAAACGGUUUGUUGAGAUCGGUGUGGAAGAACUUGACUGGCCUGCACAGAGCCCUGACCUCAACCCCAUCUACCACCUUUGAGAUAAAUUACUGCGAGCCAGGCCUAAUCGCCCAACAUCAGUGCCGGACCUCACUAAUGCUCCGCAAGUCCCCGCAGCAAUGUUCCAACAUCUAGUGGAAAGCCUUCCCAGAAGAGUGGAGGCCGUUCUAGCAGGGACGGGGGGGGGGGACCAACUCCAUAUUAAAGCCCAUGAUUUUGGAAUGAGAGCAGGUGUCCACAAACUUUUGGUCAUGUAGUGUGUGUGUAUAUAAAGUAUUUAAUAGUCAUAUGUGUCUUUUCAGGCACGGACAUAAAAGACAAAGUUCGCGGGACGCUGAGCACGCCGGCGUUGAUGAAGAUGCUGAACACGUCGACGGAACCCAGCGACGCUCGAACCACGGUACUUCUCGAGGAGAGCGGCAUCAUGGCCCUAGAGACGCCGCCGUCCAAUCAGGACAAGGCCUCGUUGGACACGCCCCUGCGGAGCUCGCUGCCCCUGGAAUGCGACAUGUACGAGAGUGACAUGAUGCUCGAGACCUCGAUGUCCGACACCAGCACGUGA